GUGGGGGCCCGGGGCUGGGGCCGGGGCGCCCGCCCGCCCACCCGCCGCGAUGAGCCAGGGAAGGCCGGGGGACUGGGCCCCCCUCGACCCCACCUCCGGACCCCCAGCGCCCCCAAACCCCUUCGUGCACGAGUUACAUCUCUCCCGCUUCCAAAGGGUUAAGUUCUGCCUCCUGGGGGUUCUGCUGGCCCCCAUCCGUGUGCUUCUGGCCUUCAUCGUCCUCUUUCUCCUCUGGCCUUUUGCCUGGCUGCAAGUGGCUGGUCUCACCGAAGAGCAGCUCCGGGAACCUGUGUCAGGAUGGAGGAAGACAGUGUGCCACAAUGGGGUGCUGGGCCUGAGCCGCCUGCUCUUCUUCCUGCUGGGCUUCCUCCGGAUUCGCGUGCGGGGCCAGCGGGCCUCCCGCCUUCAGGCCCCCGUCCUUGUCGCUGCCCCACACUCGACCUUCUUUGACCCCAUCGUUCUGCUGCCCUGUGAUCUUCCCAAGGUGGUAUCCCGAGCCGAGAACCUUUCUGUGCCUGUCAUUGGAGCCCUUCUCCGCUUCAACCAAGCUAUCCUCGUGUCCCGGCACGACCCGGCUUCCCGGCGCAGGGUGGUGGAGGAGGUCCGAAGGCGGGCGACCUCCGGAGGCAAGUGGCCCCAGGUCCUGUUCUUCCCUGAGGGCACAUGCUCCAACAAGAAGGCGUUGCUAAAAUUCAAACCCGGAGCCUUCAUCGCAGGGGUGCCUGUACAGCCUGUCCUCAUUCGCUACCCCAACAGUCUGGACACCACCAGCUGGGCGUGGAGGGGCCCUGGAGUACUCAAGGUGCUCUGGCUCACAGCCUCUCAGCCCUGCAGCAUCGUGGAUGUGGAGUUCCUCCCUGUGUACCACCCCAGCCCGGAGGAGAGCAGGGACCCCACCCUCUAUGCCAACAAUGUCCAAAGGGUCAUGGCACAAGCCCUGGGCAUUCCAGCCACCGAGUGUGAGUUUGUGGGGAGCUUGCCCGUGAUGGUGGUGGGCCGGCUGAAGGUAGCCUUUGAGCCUCAGCUCUGGGAACUGGGAAAGGUGCUUCGGAAGGCUGGGCUGUCCCCCAGCUGCGUGGACACCGGAGCAGAGCCUGGCCGGAGUCGGAUGAUCAGCCAGGAAGAGUUCGCCAGGCAGCUCCAGCUCUCCGACCCGCAGACGGUGGCUGGCGCCUUCGGCUACUUCCAGCAGGACGCCCAGGGCUUGGUGGACUUCCGCGAUGUGGCCCUUGCCUUGGCCGCCCUGGACCGGAGCAGGGGCCUGGAGGAGCUGACACGCCUGGCCUUUGAGCUCUUUGCCGAGGAGCAGCCCGAGGGGCCCGGCCGACUGCUCUACAAGGAGGGCUUCAGUGCCAUCCUGCACCUGCUCCUGGGCUCACCCCGCCCGGCUGCCGAGACACUGCACGCUGAGCUGUGCCAGGCGGGACCCCACCCAGGCCUCUCCUUCAGUCAGUUCCAGGACUUCUCCCUCCAUGACCCGCUCCACGGGAAGCUCUUCAGCUCCUACCUGCGCCCCUCCCAAAUACCAAACGCCGCCUCCCCAGACAGCACCCCCGCUCUGGCCAACGGGGCUGUGCCCAAGCAGAAGGGCGACUGAGCACCCCCGCCCCACCCCCCCGCUUGCAUCCGGCCGCAGGCUCAGGCCGUGCCAGGGACCUGCCCUUGGGCCGCAAGCCCAUCUCUUGCUCCUGCUUGAUUUGUUUUGUUAUAGUUGUUUGUUUUUUUAAGUUGGCCUUCGUUUUUUUUUUUUUUGUAAAAACUAUUUUAUAUAUAAAUAUAAAUAUAUAUCUAUUUA